UCACACACAACUCCUCGUACCUCGUACGAAACAAAUACAAUGCCCCUCUUGAUCAAACAACACGAGGCCUCUGAUUCAUUCCUCCCAGGUGGCCUGUUCCUCCAUGCUGACACGGUUCCUAAGUCCUUCAUUUCCUUGAUUCCAUCUUCUUCUAAUUUGAGGACGGUUUCGUGUUUUUCUUGGGGUCCCAGAAGAAGGGUCGUAGAAGGGAGAGAUUCUGGCAUAGUUGGUGGUGCGUUCUUGUCGUUGAGCUUGUCCAUAAACGGUAGCGAUGCGGAUCAUAGUUAUGCACGCGAAUCAACGGAAAUUCUGGGGCAAAAUGAGGAAAAGGGUAUGUGUCAAGAGAAGAAGGAAAAUGUUCGGGUGAGUGGAUCGGGUGCUAUGAACAUGACCAAGCAUCUCUGGGCUGGAGCUGUGGCUGCCAUGGUUUCAAGAACUUUUGUUGCACCUCUUGAGAGACUUAAGCUGGAAUACAUAGUUCGUGGUGAGCAGAAGAACCUUUUCGAUCUCAUUCAGGCAAUUGCAGUUUCUCAAGGGGUUAAAGGUUUUUGGAAAGGAAAUUUUGUAAAUAUUCUUCGGACGGCACCCUUUAAGGCUAUAAAUUUUUAUGCGUAUGAUACAUAUAGAAAUAAACUGGCUAGGAUGUUGGGGAAUGAAGAAUCCACAAAUUUUGAGAGAUUUGUUGCCGGUGCUGCUGCAGGGAUUACAGCUACCUUGCUCUGCUUGCCCAUGGACACUAUCAGGACGGUAAUGGUAGCACCUGGUGGUGAAGCCUUGGGAGGUGUAAUUGGUGCCUUCCGUCACAUGAUUAAAACUGAGGGCUUCUUUUCUCUUUACAAGGGUUUAGUACCUUCCGUUGUUAGCAUGGCACCUUCAGGUGCUGUCUUCUAUGGUGUUUAUGAUAUUUUAAAGUCAGCAUAUCUGCAUUCACCUGAAGGAAUGAAAAGAAUCCAACAUAUGAAAGAAGAGGCUCAAGGGUUGAAUGUUUUGGAACAACUGGAAUUGGGUCCCAUCAGAACUUUAUUAUAUGGUGCUAUUGCUGGUUGUUGUUCUGAAGCUGCUACAUAUCCCUUUGAAGUUGUAAGGAGACAGCUUCAAAUGCAAGUUCGGGCAACAAGGUUGAAUGCACUUGCAACUUGUGUCAAAAUUGUUGAGCAAGGAGGUGUUCCUGCUCUCUAUUCAGGAUUAAUUCCCAGCUUAUUGCAGGUGUUACCUUCAGCCGCCAUUAGUUAUCUUGUUUACGAGUUCAUGAAGGUAGUUCUCAAAGUAGAAUCAACAUAGAUGAUUAUGCCAGCAAUUUAAACGCCACAUAGAGUUUGAUCUUUGAAGAUGAGAAUUUUCCCCUUUCAUCCUUUCUCUUUG